AAAAGGAAAUGAAUAGACGUUAUUUGCAUAAAGUCUGCACUAAGUUAAAAGCUAAAGCAGGAAGGAAGUUACCACCACUAUGCUAAAUGGGAGUGCUUCAGUGACAUGUGCUUGCUUUUAAGAAAAUCAGAACUCUUCAGAUUAGUACUAGGAAUAAUUACCAUGUUUAUUUUGUGUUUACCUGAAUUUUUCAAAAUCCACGAAGCUAACACUGUAAUUGUGUCAUGCAUGGAUACAUGUUCAUCAAAUAACACCACUUUUCCACUUUGUACUUUUAAUGAUUCUUGCAAAAGAUCAGUGCAACAAAGAAGAGAAAACCAGACUAUUUUACUGAAGGCCAUUGUAAAUCAUUCCAAUUUUGGAAAUAUUCCAUGUAUUUGCCAGUCCUCCAGGAGGGAACAACAGUCCCCUACUAAACACACGGAGUGUGAAUCCAGGAGAGAUGCAAAUGUUGAUCAUCAAGGAUCAGGGUUAGUAGCUAAAAACGUUUUGUUUCAAUUUUUAUUUCCAAAAGAAAAAGGCUCACUUGAAGUGAAAACAGAAGAUGUUAUUUAUUUUUAUAAAUAUUUGAAUUUCACUACGGUUUCUAAGAAAGAAGAAGGAGAGCAUAAUACUUACUACUUGCUGGAAAUCCACAUCAACAAUUCUAUAGUCAGAGGAAGAACUGCAGCUGAAGAAUACCUAAAUCAUUCCUGUCUAGUGGCAAUGAUGGAAGACCAAAAUGACUGUAUAAAUAUUUCACUGCAGCUGAAGUCUUAUGUGGCAUAUCCAAUGUGUAUGACGAAGAUCAUCUGGCUCACUAUGAUUCCAGUAGUUUUUGUGUUGACUAUUUCAAUCGUCAUCUACAAAAUAGUCCAAGAAAAUGAACAAAACUAUUGUAAACAGAGAGUAGCAUCAUCAGUUUCUGCUCUUCUAAGAAGAAAGGGUUCCAGACAUGCAAGAACCAUAUCUGCUAUUAAAAUUCAUCCUUUUCCUGUGAAAACCAGUGAACAGAUUCCACUUACUGCACAGACCAUAAAUAUACUGCCCGUAAUUCCCAAACAAGAGCAUCGUCAUGUGGGUACAGCAACUGUGGAAGAUUCAAGUCUUAAUCAUGCAUUAAAACGAAAACUCUCAGCACGGAAGACCUCACAGAAUCGGAUUGCUGAGCACAUUCUGGGGUGCUUGUCGGCGUGGCAGGACGGCAGUGGUGAGCUGCCCCCACCCCGGCACGGUGUGGCUCCCUACACUACAAUGGGCUCGACUGGGAUCUGGGAAUUUUUGUAUUUCAAGGCUCCUCCAUUACACACUACUCCGGGAGCUGCAGUCCGAAUUUCAAAGUCUCGUUGA